UUGUUUACGUCUGAUCAUGAGUUCGGGAAGCAAGUGUCUGGCGCACAGGGAGGGACUGCUGGUUCUCAUUUCCUCUGCUUAGGAAAGAGGGAAAUUUGUGGUGAACCUGGCAUAUCACGCAAUAGAAAGGAGCUGCUAGUGUGCCAUUUUUGGCACAUCUUCCAAGGGUUGUACGUCCCUCGCCUAAGGAAUAGAAGCUACUGCAAUCACUUGAAAUUACCACUAUCAGCUCAUUGUCAGAGAGGACCAGAGAUAUCCCAUCGUAAUGAUGGAUCCUGGGGCUGGCUCUCCGCACUCCUUUUUUCCUCUCACGCACUCUGCACAAGUAGGCAUUUUGCCUGAAGUUGCAUCCCUAAGCCGUGAUGACCUGGAGGACCUGCUAGCCUGUGAUGACAAGCUGACUGAGUUUGUGGAAGGCCUUCCCCAGGUUGCAGCACUCAAGAACCAGUGUGAGCAGCUUUCUGCUCAGAAUGAGGCAUUAGCAAAGGCAAAUCUCGAGCGCAGCAGCGACUAUGAGCGGGCUAGGGAUGCCACUAUCCAGAAGGUGGAGGAGCUGACUUCCCUUCGGUCAAGCUUUGAGGACAUGACCAUUAAACAACAGAAAGCAUCAGAAAAGCUGGCUCCAAGCAGCAUUCAGGAGAGUCUGCUCAUUUUUGCUGCACAGUCAGAAGAGGACAGUGAAAAGAUUGCCGAGGACUUCCUUCACAGCCAUAUUGAUGUCGAUGCAUUCUUAGACAGUUAUUUGGAAAAAAGAAUAGAAACUCAUCUAAGAAAGUUUAAAGGAGAACGACUUGGUGCCCAGCUAAGAGAACUUCACAAAGCCGGGUUUUAGCAAUAGAUAUUUAGAAGAUAAAUAAUUGCUUGUAUAACUGUGCUGGUGAUGAGCAUAUCAGAAUUUUUUUUUUUGUAUGACUUUAAAUUAAGGAAGAGAAAUUCUCAAAAGAAAUUGUGUAGUUUAUUAAAAGACAUGUGAUUAAUGUCAAGCUUGAUUGAGAACACAGACAACAGAAAGAGCUUUGCUUGUUUUCCCUAAAGUAAUCAGUAUUUGGAUUGUAUGCUUCCCUUUUAUUAUUAUUGUUAUCAUAAUUAUUAUUAUUGGUAGUAGUAGUAGUAGUAUUGUUAUUAUUAUUUAUUAUUAUUAUUAUCGUCAUCAUCAACACUUAUAUACCCAAAAACAGAUCGCAGCUUGUUUGCAUUUAAUAAGCAUUUUCCUCCCAGCUUUGUUUUUUUUUAUCUAAAUAAUUAACUGGAAAUUCACUUUCACUUGAUUAUAGAUCAAGGCUGCUUAUUUGAUGAUUAAAAAUGAAAAUUAGGUACCUCUACCAUCAGUGAAUAUUCAAAAGUGGUUAUUGUACCAUAUUCUGCAUUCUUCUAGGGCAUUUAAAAGGCUUUUAUUAUUGCAAAAUCAUCAGUAUUCUUAAUCGUAUAGUCAUUCCAAUUAGUCUUAAUGUAUAUACUUUCGUCCUUUAACUGUUACCUUCUGUUUAUUAAAAAUGUGUACUUAUGAU